AUGGCGGCGGAGGCGGCCAACAGGGAGGAGGCCGAGAGGGCGCUGCGGCGCGCGGAGGAGCACUUCCUCGCCGGCAACGUGGCGGGGGCGCGCCGGCUGGCCGCCAAGGCCCGGCGGAUCUCCCCGUCGCUCCCCGGCGCCGCGCACGCGCUCGCCGCCUACGACGUCCACGCCGCCGCGGCCGGGACCCAGCACCGCGCGGGGUACUGGCACGACGUCCUCGGGGUGGCUCGGUCCGCCUCCGCCUCCGCCGUCAAGAAGCAGUUCCGGCGCCUGUCCCUCCUCGUCCACCCCGACAAGAACCGCUCCGCCGCCGCCGAGGGCGCCUUCAAGCUGCUCGCCCAGGCCUGCGACGCCCUCUCCUCCGGCUCCGGCGCCGGCGCCGGCUACGUCCCCUACUACUACACCAGCCCCGCCACCACCGCGGCCUCCGCGCAGGAGUGGUACCGAUCGCACCACGCCGCGAAGCCGUCCUCGUCGCCGCCGAAGCCGUCCACGUCCGGGGCGCCGCCGCCGCCCGCCGCAGAGUCGGGUUCGAGGUCCGGAGCCGCGAGGUUCGUCCACGUGCGCUGCGAACACUGCAAGGUGUCAAGGGAGGUCCCCGGCGGCGAGCUGGCCGCCGGGGACGCCAGGUGCGUCCGGUGCAAGACCGUGCUACGCGAGCAGGAGCAGAAGAGGACGUACGUGUGGACGUCGUCGGGGUCGUACCACCAGGUGCCCAGCGAGAAUCAUCCUUCUCCGCCGCCGCCACCCCCGAAGCCGGCGACGUUCCAGUGCCCGGCAAGGUGCCCGCAGUGCGAGACGCAGUUCACGUCCAUGGUGUCCGCCGGCACGUGGAACCUCCGGUGCCGGAGCUGCCUGAAGCGCGUCAUGGUCAAGGUGAAAGGCCCCGAGGAGGCGACGUGUAGGUGA